CCCAAACAAAUCCCCCACCUCCCGUGCCAUUUCAUCCGCCCCUCCCUCACCGAAGCCAACGACCAAACGAACCCUAGACUCCGAGCGCACGAGGAGCGAGAGAGGGAGAUCUCCGAGGUCGCGGCCAUGGCGAUGCGUGCGCUGUACAACGAGAUCCGCGCGAUGAAGGUGCGCGAGGUGCCGGCGUACCUCAAGCCCCGCCUCACCUGGGCGAACGUGAAGAAGAGCACCGACCAGGCGGUGGACCGCUACAUCGAGAAGUACAUCGAGACCAGCUCGCCGGAGCCGAUCUUCCAUAUCUGCUUCGGCGGCAUGGCCUUCUCCUACCUUGUGGGCCUUCCCCAGGAGCGCCGCCACCUCGAGCACCUCGAGAAGCACGGCGGUCACUAGAUCCGGAUCCGCCUCGCGCAGGAGAGCUUAUCUACGGUUGAUUCAGGAUGGUGUUCUCCGUUUUUCUUCUACUGAUGGGCUACCUGGAGUUGAUUUUAUUUGAUGGCCGGUUUAUUUUGUGUCGGAAAGCAGCAACAAACUAUCUAGUCCACUGUUAUGUUCCUGCGUGUCCUAUCAUAAGCAACUUCAAACUGGAAGUGCAUGCAUUGUGAUUAAAAACAUUUCCAAGCGAAUCGAGUACAAGUUCUUCGCAGUAUACUCCA